AUGGAAUCAGUUGAAGCGGAAAAUAAGCAGAAUAUAUUUGCUUUGCUAACAAAUUCCAAUUCCCUUCCUUCUUUAUUCAUUUUGCGACAGGUGUGUGCAUCAUUCGUCAAGGAUUGCAAUUUUGCUAUCGUCAAAGUUGAAAAGUUUUACGUGUUUUCUCAAGAAAUUUUCAAUUUCUUUGAUGCUUUAUCAAGAAAAAUAUGUCGCAUGGAUACGUCUUAUUCCCUAUAUUCUACUGUUAGUCUCGCAGCAUAUGGUGACGCCGCAGAUGGGAUGGAUCUAGCAAACCUGCAGAUAUCAUCUCAAAAAAAAUAG